UGUCUCUAUACUGCUGAAACUGAGAAACUGACUUUCAGACCUGUUAUAUGGGUCCAGUUCUUACUAAUUUCCUCAUCUAUAUCAGAUGAUACAGGAAAUCGACUGCGGUUCCAGCUGGAGUUGGAAUUUGUUCAAUGUCUGGCUAAUCCAAAUUACCUUAACUUCCUUGCGCAGAGAGGCUACUUCAAAGACAAAGCUUUUGUAAAUUAUCUUAAAUAUUUACUUUAUUGGAAGGAACCUGAAUAUGCAAAAUACCUAAAGUAUCCUCAGUGUUUGCAUAUGUUAGAGCUUCUCCAAUAUGAACAUUUCCGCAAAGAACUAGUAAAUGCUCAGUGUGCUAAAUUUAUUGAUGAGCAACAGAUUCUUCACUGGCAACAUUAUUCGAGGAAAAGAAUGCGCCUCCAGCAAGCACUGGCAGAGCAGCAGCAACAGAACAACACGUCAGUAAAAUGAAAAACGUUCUGAAGAGUUACAAGGUGGUACAUUGUAUCACCUAAAGUACUUUCAGGAGAGGACUUCUGGUAGGUUUGGCUGUGUGUACAUAAAUAUGUAACUUUACCUGCUCAUUUAUGUUGCUGUGAUGUUUUGGAUUUAUCAAGUGGCUAGGCUUUUUUUCCCUGCAACUUGUAUCAACAUUUUAAAGAUACGAGACUAAUAAACUCUUACUUCUGUAAUUUAUUCUGUA